AUGGCAGCGAUGAAGCCCGUCCUGUACAGCGCGGCGAUCAGCUCCUGCUCCUACCGGGUCCGCAUCGCCCUCACCCUCAAAGGCGUGGAAUAUGAGUACAGGGCGGUGGCAUGGAAUGAUACAGAGUAUGAGAAAAUCAAUCCAAUUAAGUAUGUGCCAGCACUACAAGAUGGGGACAUAUUGGUUUCAGACUCUCUUGCAAUCAUAUUGUAUCUGGAAGACAAAUAUCCCCAGCACCCUCUUUUACCUCAAGAUCUGAAAAGGAAGGCUCUUAAUCUGCAGAUUGCAAACAUUGUGUGCUCGAGCAUUCAACCUCUUCAGUGUUACGCUGUUAUCGGGUUGAUUAAUGGCAAAUUGGCCUCCGAUGAGAGCCUUCAGAUAGUGCAUCAUUACAUUGACAAGGGAUUUAGAGCAAUUGAAAAACUUCUGGAAGGAUGUGACAGUAAAUUUGCUACUGGAGAUGAAGUCCAACUGGCGGACGUGUUCCUUGCGCCCCAGAUACACGCUGGCAUGACGCGCUUCGACAUCGACAUGUCGAAAUAUCCACAUUUGGAGAGAUUUUACAAAGCAUACAUGGAAAUCCCAGCAUUUCAAGCGGCACGCCCUGAAAACCAGCCAGACGCGCCUUCGCUCCCUCAGUGA